ACGGCGCCGCGCGGCGGCCGGGCGGGGAAGUGGGCGCGCGCUCGCGGCCGCCAUCCCGCGGCCUCCUCCCCCCUCCCCUCCCCUCCUCGCGCCGCUCCGCUCCGCCAUGGACUCGCGCAAGCUGGGCGAGCUGCGGGCCUUCGUCAGGCUCUGCAAGCAGAACCCGGCCCUGCUGCACACCGAGGAGCUCGCCUUCCUCCGCGAGUGGCUCGAGAGCAUGGGAGGCACAAUACCACCUGCUCCAGCCAGCACCUCCACAGACGAGACAAGUAAGGGCAAAGCAGAGGAACAGCCAGAGGAGCCAGUUAAAUCUCCUGAGCCAGAAAGUGAAGAGAGUGACUUAGAAAUCGACAAUGAGGGAGUGAUUGAACCAGAUAAUGAUGCUCCUCAAGAAAUGGGAGAUGAAAACGUGGAGGUAACUGAAGAGAUGGUGGAUCAAGCUAAUGAGAAGAAGAUGGAAGCUAUCAAUGCUCUAAGUGAAGGUGAACUUCAGAAGGCUGUCGACUUGUUCACGGAAGCUAUCAAGCUGAAUCCUUGUUUGGCCAUCUUGUAUGCCAAGAGGGCAAGUGUUUUUGUGAAACUACAGAAGCCAAACGCUGCCAUUAGAGAUUGUGACAGAGCCAUCAAGAUUAAUCCUGACUCAGCACAGACCUACAAAUGGCGGGGGAAAGCACAUAGACUUCUGGGUCACUGGGAGGAGGCUGCUCAUGAUCUUGCAUUAGCCUGUAAACUGGAUUACGAUGAAGAUGCUAGUGCCAUGUUGAAGGAGGUGCAACCAAGAGCUCAGAAAAUUGCAGAACAUCGCCGAAAAUAUGAACGGAAGCGCGAAGAAAAAGAAAUCAAGGAAAGAAUGGAAAGAGUGAAGAAGGCACGAGAGGAGCAUGAGAGAGCACAGAGGGAGGAAGAAGCAAGACGACAGGCAGGAGGAGCUCAAUUUGGCGGUUUCCCAGGUGGCUUCCCAGGUGGAUUUCCUGGGGCUAUGCCUGGAGGUAUGCCAGGAAUGGCAGGUAUGCCAGGUCUCAAUGAGAUUCUCAGUGAUCCAGAAGUCCUGGCGGCCAUGCAGGAUCCAGAAGUUAUGGUUGCAUUCCAAGAUGUUGCCCAGAAUCCAGCAAAUAUGUCCAAGUACCAGAACAAUCCCAAGGUCAUGAAUCUCAUCAGUAAAUUGUCUGCCAAAUUUGGCAGUAAACCAUAAAAUCCCUGGUUCUUAAAAAUCAUAUCUGGAUGGGAAGGAUUGAUUUGGCUAACCAGUGUUGCAAUAAAAUAAACCAUUGUACCUCUGAUCUUCUCAAGAAGAAAAAUGGGGUGUUCUAAGGAGAACUGCUCUCUAGCCCCAAGUGUUGACUUUAUUCAGUGAUUGGUUUAUAGCACUCAAAUUAUAUUCAGGUGACCCAGUUUCAACCAUGCCUCCUUGUCCAAGAGUUGCAACCUUUUAUUGUAAGUAUUAAAGGCAGUUUCCUUUGAGUGAACACUCCUGUGAGAAAUCAUAGUAUUCCAGGAGCAUAAAAUAAAAACCUCUCUUUUUUUGGGGUGGUGGUGGUGGUUUUCUUUUGUUUGUUUUAGAUAUUUUUCCUCAGUGAACCAAAAGGAAGGAAGUUUAAUAGAUGAAGUCUGUCCUAAUCCAGUUAGGACAGAAAUGUUGGCCUAGUCGCAAAUAGCAAAGGUGGGACAAGUCUGAAGAAGUAACUGGAUAAAGGAAUUGUCUGAAAAUACGUCUUUUUUUUUUUUAAUGAGUGACUGACUCUAUAUAGCUAUUAAAAUUAUCAGCGUAACCAUGCUAGCUAGUUACACACUGGAACUUCCGGCAGUACUGCAAAUAAUGUCAUCUUUUGAUUACCAUAACUGUGCAGCAAAGGUUCCGUCCUAUCCUUUGCACAACCUGGCAUGAAGUACAUGUUGUGGAGGCCACAGAGGUUUUAUUACUUGCUCAAUUCUUGUCCAGCACCUUCAUGUAACUUUUUUUUUUUUAAUCAGUCCUGGGUAUGGGAGAGUAGCUUAAUGUCUGUACUCGUGCUCUUGUCCUUUCCCAGGUGGCAGGUCCUCUCUGGUUGCACUUGCCCUUCCUUGGGGCAUGCUCACCAGGUUUCAUUUAUUUAGAAACUUGAGGGAAGGAAUCUUGUUCCCAUCACUACCUCUGUCUCACUGAACGCAAGCCAUCCAGAACAAGUAAACACAGAGUUAAAAAUCAGUGAUGGGGAGAAUACCCAACAAAAUUGCAGCUCUGGGUUCUGAAUCGGUUUGAGUCCUUACAUGCUUACAGAUAACAUUUAUUGGCCAAAGUCCUGCUGUCUGUUUAGAGAUGAUGACUCUUCCUCCACCACAUACUGUAGUCUUCCAUAUUUUGUUGUAUCCCUUUCUUAAAAAAAAAAAGGGGGGGGGGGCUGUUGUGGUCUCAUACUUCCAUGUUUUUGAGGCUUAGAAUACAGAGGAAAAGAUGAGGUAAAUGGAGCAGACAGAAUGUUCUUGUAACACUUGUAAAUUAACAGCAUGGGUAUCCUUGAAGCAGCUUCUGUGCUGUUGAUGUUCUGUGGAUUUGUCUACCAUAAACACCAUUGUUGCCUCUGUUUGUCUUAGCUAAAAUGUUACCUUUCUGUGGAAAAAUGAUCAUAAUUGUCUGUUCCCCACUUGAGUCGCAACCUUUGUGUGUUAUCUUUUGUAAUUCUGUAUCUAAAGCCAUAACUGUUGUUACCACUUUUAAUUAAAACGUGGAUUGGUGUAGGAACUCAAAAACAAUUGCAAAAAAUAAACCCCCAAAUGCUUUUUCUCAUACUAAUGACCCUGCAGAAUGAAAUGUGAAUCUUUUUGCUUAAGAAAUAUAGUUCUGAAUACUUCUAGUAGCCUUUAAAAAUAAAGUAUGGUUUUGAAAAAUAAA